UCGUCGUCAUCAGCAGCUAAAUACCAGAGCGUAAGGCGAAUCGGGAGUCGACUUGAUUCGAAGGAAGGUGAUUUUUUAUGGUCGGUACGCAGAGUACAUAGUUUAUCAACUGGCAAACCCAAGACUCAUGCACAUGAGGCUAAACAGGCCAAGUCUUCAGGUGGUGCAGGAGGACGAGGUGGCAAAGGUGAAUCUAAGGAGACCAAAUCCGGUAAUCAGUCUGGUGCAGGCGGUGAAGGUCCGGUCGAUGUCGGUCGGUUAGAUAUGCGCGUUGGGCGUAUUGUGGAAGUUGAGCGCCACCCAGGAGCUGAUUCUCUUUACGUGGAAAAGGUCGAUCUGGGUGAGGGUCGCCUACGAACCGUCGUGAGUGGUUUGGUCAAGUUCGUUCCGAUAGAGAUUGCUCCGGAGGCUGGUGGUGUUGAACCUCUAAUCAUUGACUCCGAUGCCGUGACCGUGGGUGACUCGGUGAUUGUUCCUGGCUAUACACAUAAUCCGGAUGAUCAAUUGAAACCCAAGAAGAAGAUUUUCGAACAAGUUAAACCAGACUUACGUGUGGAUCAAGAGGGCUUUGCCACUUACAAGGGCGCCCGCUGGACGCUUAAAAAUGCUUCCGGUGUAUCCAUCAAAGCGGAAAAAUUGCGAGAUGUUCAAAUCGCCUGA